UUAAUACUUUUUGAUGGCCUAUACAAUAAAAACAAAGAAAUACCGACAGACUCCGCCUUGGUAUUCAGACGCAUGCGCAUAGAAUGUAAACAUAUCAGAAUGGCGUCUAUCGAGAGAAAACGUGCGUUGGGAAGACCCCGAAUUUUAACGGACUCUGCUAGGAAAAGGGCGAAAAGAGAGCAAAGUAUAAUUCACACACGAAGUAGGGUUUACCUGGGGGACCAAUAUGAUCGUUGGUUAAGAAAGAAAGAGGAACUUGGUGAAACACACGCAGGACUAGCGAAGAGGCUGCUCAACAAGUUUAUGACAGAGAGUGAAACCGAGUCAGCUGAUCAAUCAUUGAAAGAGAGAUUCUCUACUCCUGUAACGGACAAGAGUAAAACUCAGUUUGUUCGUCCUCCAGAUGUGUCUGAAAUCUCCUCUGCUUUAAGUGAGAGCACUGAUAUUGAUGUACCUGCACCAUCACAAAGCAAAGAAGAAUCCCCAGGCCCAAGCCAAAAACGGAGAAAACUAUUCAGAAAGGUGGUGAAAGAGACAUCAUAUGUAAAUCCAUUUGAGUAA